UGUCAAUCAAUCUUGAAACCUCCAACCCCCACUUUUUUGUUUUUUUUUGUAUCCAAUUCAAAAAUUAAUAUAUAUAUAUAUACAAAAAAGAUCCAACACAUCUUUACCCUAAUCACUCAAUAUCGGACUCCUGUAUAUACCGUUCAAAAAGAACGUUGUGCAAAGAUAAACCCAUUAUUUCUUUUUUUUUUGAAUUGAUACUCCUUUCAUUACCAUUGAAUUUCUUUAUUGGUAUAAUCACAACUAAGAAAUGAUUAGAUCAGUUAUACGUACACCUAGGUUCAUUCCAAGGCUUAAGCCACAACAAUUUAGUUUGUUACAUACCUCCAACAGUGUUGGUCAAGCAAACUUCCAUAGACCAGACGAAGCUGGUUCCAAUGAUGCUGCUGAUGCGGCUGAUGCCACUCCAACCAUUCUUGCUGACCAAAAUGAUAUGCAAAAGCUUCCAAACAAGGUUACUUGGAUCCAAGCUAUCCGUGAGCGUGAAAAGCAGUUGGCUGAGGGGAAAGUUCUUGACAGUUAUAGUUACGUAAACCCAGUCACAACUGCAGUGGGAGAAAAGACUAGAGAAGAAUCAUUCACAUAUCUUACACUCCCAUUUAAAGACGAUAAGUGGCUUUGUGAUGCGUAUGUCAAUGCUUCUGGUCGUUUAAGAGCUGGUCAAUUAUUCCAAGAUUUAGAUGCCUUGGCUGGAAGAAUUGCCUAUAGACAUUGUUCUCCUGCUGAACCAGUUAAUGUCACUGCUUCUGUUGAUAGAAUCUAUAUGGUCAAGAAGGUCGAUGAAAUUACCAACUAUAAUUUCGUUUUGGCUGGUGCAGUUACUUGGACUGGUAGAUCAUCUAUGGAAAUUACCGUUAAAGGUUAUGCAUUUGAAGAUCAAAUCCCAGAACAUAUUACUGAAGAUGCCCUUCCUGAUGAAAACAUUUUCCUUUCUGCUAACUUUACAUUUGUUGCCAGAAACCCAAUCACUCAUAAAUCAUUUGCCAUCAACAGAUUACUUCCUGUAACUGAAGGUGAAUGGUUAGACUACAGAAGAGCGGAAUCACACAAUGCUAAGAAGAAGCUUGCUGCUAAAAACAAGGGCAUGUCAGAACCUUCUUCUUCCGAAUCUAAGCUUAUUUACGAAUUAUGGAAAAACUCAAAGUCUAUCGUGGCCAAUGGUGGAGACAAACCAAGUAACGUUAGAUUCCUGAAUGAAACAAGAGUUACUUCAACUCUUUUCAUGCAACCUCAAUACAGAAAUAGACACAGUUACAUGAUCUUUGGUGGCUAUUUGUUGAGACAAUCUUUUGAAUUGGCCUAUUGUGCAUCUGCAGCAUUUGCCUCCUCAUCUCCAAGAUUCGUUUCUUUAGAUUCUACCACUUUCAAGGCCCCAGUUCCAGUUGGUUCUGUUUUAUCCUUGACCGCCUCUAUUGCAUACACUGAACACAUACAUGAUGGUUCUAAAUACGUCGAAGCUGAUUCUCCAUUUGACUUCUCAUUACCAGCAACUAACAAGAUUUCUCCAAAUAAAGAUGCAUUUUUAUCUGAACCUGGUACUUUGAUUCAAGUUAAGGUUGAUACGACCAUCCAACCUUUGGAUAGUCCUAAGGCUAAGGAGUCUGGAACUUUCAUUUACUCUUUCUUUGUACCAAAGAGUGCCAUUGCCGAAGGUAAGCCUGGUUUCUGUUCAGUUAUCCCACAGACCUACUCUGAAAUGAUGGACUAUGUUGAAGGUAGAAGAAGAGCACAAGACACUGCUAAUUAUGUUGAUACUUUACCAAAACUUGGUGAGUUGUAAUGUCCAUAGUGGUAUAGAACAA